AUGAAUUUUUCCGAUUCUGUACGAUGUAUUGUCCAGACACCCGAGGCUGCUCAAGUCGCUUUGUUCAUUUGUGAGAUGUCGAAUAUCGGCGACACUUACGGAAAAUACUUGUCCCAGAAUCUGAUAUAUCUCGAGAUCAAGAAUCUUUGCCAACAGGCGAAACUAUCGCUCGAAAAUUUGCAAACGUGUCUUAACGCUGGCUUUCCAUUGGAGCAAGCCGACAUCGAACUCGUAAGAACCGAUGUUUCGCGAAUGUGUAAUUUGAUUGAUGCGCUCGCCAAAUCUUACGAAAAUCAUCGCCAAACCAAUUGA